AUGGAUGAAAUAGCAAGGGAGGUUUGUAGCAUCCAACGAGAAAAGAGAUGUCUGGUGGUCCUUGAUGACAUAUGGACUCAAGAGGCUAAUUGGCAUUCGAUAAAAGCUGGAUUCCCAAUCAAUGAGGAAACAAAGAGCUGGAUAUUACUCACUACUCGCAAGAAAGAAGUUGCCUUGCUUGCAUCCAGAAAUGACUAUCUACUCCAGCCUCAACCUCUAAAUGAUAUGCAAAGCUGGGAACUGUUUGAAAAGAUAGCCAUAUGUGGAAGUGACAAAAUAGACUUGGAUGUUUAUGCAAAGAAGAGAGAAUUAGGAAAGAAGAUGCUUGUACAUUGUUCAGGUUUGCCAUUAGCCAUCAGUGUGCUUGCUGGUCUUCUAAGUAGACGAGAGAAAGUUGAGGAGUGGGAGACUGUACUUAGAAAUGUUGAUAAAUACAUAAUGAGAGGCUCAAAUGUCCUUGAAAGAGAAAGCACAGGUCAAGAGUAUGGUGUAUCGAGUGUCUUGGCAUUGAGUUAUGAUGAUCUGCCAUCUAACUUAAGACUCUGCUUUCUAUACUUGGCCCAAUUUCCUGAGGAUCAUGAGAUACAGGGUUCAGAGGAAAUAAUGGAAGAUCUGUCAUAUGGUUGCCUAACUGAACUGGUGGAAAGAUCUAUGGUUCAAGUUGUAAGCCAUGGUUUAAGUGGGAAGGUGAAAACUUGCUGUCUCCAUGAUCUUAUGCGAGACAUGUGCUUGCAAAAGGCGAAAGAGGAGAACUUUCUCGGUAUUGUUAACUUUUCUCUGGGUCUGGUAUCUAAUGCAACACUGAUCGGUAAGGUUCGAAGACUUGCCCUCUAUUUGGACAAAAAUGUUGAAUAUGAGUUCAGUCGUAAGGAUGGAAGAGAUGGCCAUAUUAGGGGAGAGAGGAGGACCAAAAUCAGAAAUGUGUUUUGGAAUAUGGAGCAACUGAGGCAUUUGUAUUUACCUUCUAUUUACCGUGUCAGUAGAAAACUGUCAUUUGCAAGAUUGUGCAAUUUGCAAACGUUGGUCAAUGUUUCAAUUGAGAAGUGUGAUUUGGAUGGUCUUGUCCAAUUGAGGAAUCUGAAGAAACUACGCAUGAGGCCAUCAGAGUCUAGUCAGUUGGAAAAGCUGAAGGACAUGUUGAUAUCAAGCAAUAGAACAUUUAAACAUCUACGGUCUCUAUCUCUGGAGGUAAUCGGAUCCGGUGAACCAAGUGAGAUAGUAUGCAGAGGUGUCCUCAUUUAUACAAGCUGCGACUGUAUGGGAAAAUGA